AUGCCAAGCACCUUCCUCAUCACUGGCUGCUCCCGAGGCCUUGGCCUGGCUCUGGCAACGGAGCUUUCGAAGAAAGGACAUACCGUCUUUGCGACCGCUCGUGACGACCCCGCCCCCCCUUUGAAUGAGCUAAUCGAGAACUCCCAAGGCCUAGUCAAAUAUGUGAAGCUCGAUGUGGAGAGUCGAUCUAGUGUGGAAGAAGCCGAAGCAAAGGUGGCAACCUUGCUGGGUGACAAAGGCCUUGAUGUGCUCAUUAAUAAUGCCGGAGUUAUUAAUUGGAUGUCAGAGGGCAUUGACAAAAUGACCGACCUCGACUCCAUGCUUCAUACCAAUGUCACGAGUGCUCAUGUUGUCACGAGUACCUUUCUUCCGCUCUUGAAGAAAGGCACAGAGAAGAAGGUUGCCAAUAUUUCUACCACAGUUGGCUCCAUCACUACAGCAUCUAAGUACAGCAUGAUGGCCGUCCCAGCAUACAAAGUAUCGAAAGCAGCUUUGAAUAUGCUGACCGUUCAAUAUGCGCUGAACUAUGCUGAGGAAGGAUUCACUUUUCUUGCAAUCAGUCCAGGAUGGCUUCGAACUGAUCUCGGAGGAUCGGCUGCAGAUCUCGACGUGGAGACCGGCGCAAAGGCCACGCUCGAGGCAAUUCAGAGUCACGGAAAGGAGUUCAACGGCAAGUUUGUAAAUAUUCGCGUGGCGGGAUGGGAGCACAGCGAAGGCCUGAAUCAAUACGACGGGGAGAUUUGCCCUUGGUAA